AUGACAGAACCUGUCACUGUUUCUCUUCUAUGGUUUGGUACUGGAAUCCGAGACUCUGGGCAAGAAGCUAUAAGAAAUGCUAUAAAUUCUUUAUCUCCAUCAGGGUAUCAAAAUCAUGAUUCUGAGGUACCGACAUUAGGAAGUUGGUGGGAGAUCAUCAGACAGUAUAGAGACAGUUCGGGUUCUCGUGUUACAGAUAGAGUUGAUGUUGGUCCUGAGUGCUUCUACACAGGUCUACAUACAGACAUGACACUGGAAAAAGUUACUGAGGUUGGAAGAUCCGUGUUCAACGAAACAUACAUGGAUAAGUUUGGUGGGAACUUGACCUGUAAUCGAAUUUUCGAUGUAAACGAUAAUAACAUCUACCAUGUUGUGAUUUCUCAGAAUGUGAAGUUUUUAGAGAGAGAUACUGAGCAGACAGAUAUGGAAUACAUGUGUAAUGGGGAUUUUCCGGUUGCGGUCUCUGCUGGAGUAAGUGUCAAAAUGGCAUGGUCAAGAGCUCCACAAGCUCUUGUUGAUGAUCAAUGCUCGACAUUUUUCAACGGGAGUCGCUAUUUGGGGCCACCAAACGGGGAUGUAAGGAUCGAUAGCUUGGUGGGAUAUAUGUUGGGUAAGAUUGCAGAUGAUGUAACUAAUCGAGAUGGAAAAGGAUGGAUAAGUAAUGAUGGGAAUGAAAGGACAGUUAGUUGUUCUUGUGGUUCAAUAUUUGAAAGAGAUAUAGCUGGUCCUCCUCUUUUCAUGGACACAGAAAGGAAUGUGAGUUUUAAUGUUGUUGGUUUGAAUGGAUAUAGAUACAUGGUGCAUUACAUUUGGGACCAAAGUAUAAGGAACUGUGCACUGAAACUUUCAGAAACAUGUGGAAGCAAUACAGUGAUGUUAAAACAGGCCAAAGGAUCCUUAAAAGGAGGAAUUAUAGCAAAUCAAACCACUGGUCUACAGCCAUAUCCUCCAAACCAGAAGUGUCAAUGGAAAAUACAGUAUCCAACUGCAAAGUUCAUCAGUUUCACAGUCAACUACCUCUCAAUUGCACCAGAUCACAGCAAUGACCUUCUUAUGAUCUGCGAUUCGGAUUCAAGGUCUGCAAAGUGCACCGUUUUUAACUCAAAUGACAAAAAAUUGGACAGGAACUUCAAGUUGAAAGGCUCACAAGCUUAUGUUCAGUUUUUGAGUGGCAGUGAAGUGUCCUUUGAUUCAAGAGGAUGGGAGCUCAGCUAUUCAGCAGGACUCUGCAAUGGAAAGAAAGAUGUUUAUGCCCACGAAGGGGUUAUUGGCUAUAUUUCAACUACUAGCAACUCCUAUACAGAGGGUUUAAGAUGCCAAUGGAUUCUCCAUGGAGAACCAGGAACUCCUGUUACCUUGAGCUUCACUCAAAUCAACAUCUCAAGAGACUUGGAUUUCUUAGCAAUAUACAAUGGCCUUUCCCAGCAGAUUGCUAACUUUUCUGGGUUGUUCUUGGGCUCUGAUCUUCCCCGGAUGAACCUAACAGGUGAAAUUAGGAUUGCGUUUGCCACACAGACUGACGCAGGUGAAGGUUGGUCAGCCAAGUUUUCCAUAAAAUCACCUGUGGAUCGAAACAGAGAAACGCUAAUCAUUAUCAUAGUCAUCUCUAUAGCAGUUGUCCUAAUAAGCGGUUCUGUUGCUUUGAUAGCGUUGGCAUUUGUCGGUAGAAGGAGAAGAAAGCACCCAAAAAUGAUAGAGAAGAAUGAGAAGUCUAUGUUAAUAAGAGCAGAAGUUAAAGGAGAAGAGAAACGAAUUGCUGAGGGGCCUUCUUCAAUCGUUUACAAAGCAGUUUCGACAAAUGGUGUUUCUGUAGCUAUCAAAUCUCCGAAAACUUCUACUUCUCAAACAAGGUUAGAAGAAGAGAUUUUGAUCAAGACCUCUUCUCACCCAAACAUCAUUUCACUAGUAGGGUAUGCUGACGACGGUUUACGGAGACGAAACUUGGUGUUUGAGUAUAUGAGCAGAGGAAGUUUGAGUUGGAACUUGGAAGAGAGAGCAGAAACACUUCACUGGGAAAGAAGAUUAGAAAUAGCAAUACAAAUCUCCUCAGCUAUCCAAAUGCUGCAUAUGUACUUAAAGCCACCUAUAUACCAUGGAAACAUAACAUCUGAAAACAUUCUUCUUGAUGAGUAUUACAACGCGAAAUUAGCUGGUUUCGGGGCUGCAAAUCGUUGCACAAGCAAUGAGAGUAAGCCCAGACCACCACCCGAAAUGGCAGAAGAUAUUCGGAGUUUUGGGCUACUGUUGGUUGAGCUACUAAGAGGAAAGCCUCUGAUCAGUGGAUAUGAUUCGGAUUGGAUUGAGAAUUUUGAGAUUUUUGAAGGAAUCAACAGCAAGAAUUUUGACGAUCAUGAGUGCCUGGAUCCGAGGUUGGGUAUCCCCAAAGAAGAAUGCAAGAGCCAGGGCUUGGCCAAGCUGGGGGAGAUAGCAAAAUGGUGCAUCAACACUAACCCGAGAAUCGGAGGGUAUGAAAAUACUCCCAAGAUAGGUGAUGUUGUAUCAGGUUUGAAACAGGUGAAGAAAUUGUUCUGUUCUUUUUCAAGCUAA